ACUCUCACGUUCCCAAUUCCACACUAUAUAUUACUUUAAUCUCCCCCACAUGUAUCAUAUCAAUCCCUGACAUUGCCCUCUUGGAAGGUCCAACUCUCAUGACUUCCUCAUCACUGAGAUGGCUACUGUUCCUUUGCCCAAUCUUCUUCUUCUCAGGGGCCUCUGCUCUCAACUACUCCACUGCUUCAUAUACUUCUCUAAAGUCUGUGACAUCUUUCUGCAAAUCUACACCUUACCCAGAUGUUUGUUUUCAAUCUUUGAAGGUCCACGUCUCUAUCAAUAUCAAUCCCAACAUCAUCACCUUUCUCCUUCACUCCCUCCAGACUGCAAUAUCAGAAGCUGGGAAGGUCUCCACCCUGCUGUCCACUGCCGGAGAGCACUCUGAUGUCAUUGAAAAGCAAAGAGGAACCAUCCAGGAUUGCAGGGAACUCCACCAAAUCACCGUGUCUUCUUUGCAGAGAUCCGUGUCCCGAGUCCGUUCAGGGGACUCCCAGAAACUGAAAGAUGCGAGAGCCUUUCUCAGCGCAUCCCUCACAAACAAGGUUACAUGCUUAGAAGGCCUGGAUUCUGCCGCUGGUCCUUCCAAGCCAACGUUGGUGAAUUCCAUAGUUGCUGCUUACAAGCAUGUGAGUAAUUGUCUCUCGGUUCUGUCUAAGUCAACCCCACAAAAAGGCCCCAUCAAUCGCCGCCUUAUGGGUGCCCCAGCAUGGGCGUCCCGCCGGAUAUUGCAGAGCUCCGGUGACGAGUAUGACCCCAGUGAGGUGCUUACUGUGGCUGCGGAUGGAACUGGGAACUUCACCACCGUCACUGAUGCAAUAAAUUUUGCUCCCAAUAACAGCGAUGACAGAAUAAUUAUCUAUGUCAGGGAAGGGGUUUAUGAGGAAAAUGUUGAUAUUCCAAGCCAUAAGACCAAUAUUGUUUUUCUGGGAGAUGGAAGUGAUGUUACCUUCAUUACUGGUAGCAGAAGUGUGGUGGAUGGCUGGACUACUUUCAGAUCUGCAACUGUUGCCGUCUCUGGGGAGGGAUUUCUGGCACGCGACAUAACCUUCGAGAACAGGGCAGGACCAGAGAAGCACCAAGCAGUUGCCCUUCGCAUAAAUGCCGACUUAGCAGCAGUGUACAAAUGCACCAUUCUAGGUUACCAGGACACAUUGUAUGUGCAUUCGUUUAGACAAUUUUACAGAGAGUGUGACAUAUAUGGGACAAUAGAUUUCAUAUUUGGAAAUGCAGCUGUUGUUUUCCAGGCUUGCAACAUUGUAGCCAGAAUGCCAAUGGCUGGCCAAUUCACUGUUGUAACAGCACAAUCCAGGGACACCCCAGAUGAGGACACUGGAAUCUCAAUACAGAACUGUUCCAUUUCGGCUACUGAUGACUUGUAUUCGAAUCGUGGCAGUGUCAAAAGCUACCUGGGGAGGCCAUGGAAGGUGUACGCUUGCACGGUUUAUCUUGAGUCCUACAUUGAUGACUUCAUUGAUCCAUCUGGGUGGACCGAAUGGAAUGGAAAUGAAGGCUUGGACACUUUAUAUUAUGGAGAGUAUGACAAUAAUGGACCUGGGUCAGGGACAGAGAAUCGAGUUACUUGGCAAGGGUAUCAUGUGAUGGAAGAUAACGAUGCCUAUAAUUUCACAGUAUCUGAGUUUAUUACAGGUGAUGAAUGGCUGGACUCAACAUACUUCCCUUACGAUGAUGGGAUUUAAUAUUGAGGCGUCUUCUGUGGUUUUCCAGGAGACAGUGGCCAGAAGAAGUCCUAAUUAGAAUUACUAGAAAUGAAUGAUUAUAUAUAUAUAUAUAUAUAUAUAUGUGUGUGUGUGUGUGUGUGUGUGUGUGUGGUGGGGGGGAAGAGAGAGAUAUAUAGAUAGACAGAUAGAUAGAUAUCCCUCCUCUAUGGAUCAUUUUCUCCUAUGCGGUUUAAUGUUAUAGUAUUAUGUGAGGGAUUUGAAUUUGGUCUAAGGCUCUGCAUCUCAACUGCUAGAGUGCUUGAGAACAAUUUGAAUCAGCCCAACUGAAAUAGGUGGGUCAGAAACUUGUUUUCUCUAGCUUGUUAUCAAUAGAAGUAACAGAGAAAUGAAAUCGUUUCAUCUUUUAUCUUUGAA